AAGAAAAAGGUCACACUCGUAAGAGAAAAAACCCAAGCCAGUUAAAAGAUAGUAAACAAUCCUCGCAAAGUACAAUAAAAAUGGUUAAAAACGAGCCCAACUUUGUGGUGGAGCGCAUCAUUGACAAGCGAAUCACCAGCGACGGCAAGGUGGAGUACUACAUCAAAUGGCGAGGCUACACAUCGGCGGACAACACUUGGGAACCGGAGGAGAAUUGCGACUGCCCGAAUCUUAUACAAAAAUUUGAAGAGUCCCGUGCUAAAUCCAAGAAGCGUGGCGAGAAGAAACCUAAAUGCGAAGAGAUCCAGAAGCUGCGUGGCUACGAACGUGGCCUUGAACUGGCUGAGAUUGUAGGUGCCACUGAUGUCACGGGGGACAUAAAGUAUCUAGUGCGCUGGCAGUUCUGCGAUGAGUUUGAUUUGGUGCCCAGUAGCCAGCUGACGGAGAAAGAUCCGCAGAUGCUGAUUGCCUACUUUCAAAAGAUGGCUCCAUAUGACCGACACAUAUCGCGGAGAAUGAAGGGCGUCCCGGAGGAACUGCGUUUGGCGGCUUCACGCACCAGUUAUCCUCACAUUAUCAGUGCUCCCGUUGAAGUUCAGCCGGAGGUAGAUCAAGCGGCAGAGUUGGUUGGCCAUCUCGGUGACAUGCCCCAGGUUGAACAAGUUCAACCACAACAUCAUACCCCCAUGGAUCUUGCUGAUGAUCCCGACGAUCUGGCAAGCGUUUCCUACUCAAUUCCGGUGCCAGGCGUUGGCGACAUUGGCAUCGAUGUUCCAAUGGCUGAGAACCAAUGAGUACACCAGCAGAUUCAUCUGCUCAAUGUUUAAUCUUAGCUCUUAAGUUAAUCUUUAUGAAAAGCUAUCUAAAACCGCUGGGCUCGUCCAGAUUAAUGUGACCCAGCUGCCCAGAGCGAAAGAAGUGUAUAAACUUCCUAGCGGCCGCCAAUAAAUUAGUCAUCACUUCUA